CGCGAUACAGCGAGGAGAAAGAUAGGAAGGAACGGCGGCGAGCGCGGAAGUGUGCCGGCCGUCGAGCUGCUUACCAAAAGGGGUGCGAAAAAGCGGGCAAGCUGCGCCGGAAGGGGGUAGCCCGGGCUUCUCGCGAAGGCCUCAAAAUUUCGGACGCGACGGCGGCCCUGGACCUACGUGCCCAGACACAAGCCCAACCCGAAUUUGGCUUGGAUCAUCACCAGCAACAGCAUCACCAUCAGCAGCAGCAGCAGCAACAACAACAACAGCAGCAGCAGCAACAGCAUCAGCAACCGCAGCAGCAACAUCAGCAGCAGCAGGGCCAAAAUCCAGAGUCGCGUCCACACCUUCACCUUCAGCAGCAUCAUCAUCAGCAUCACCCCGGGAAUCAUCUCCACUCUGGCGAUUCGGGGGGUGGGAUAGGAGGUGGAGGAGGUGGCGGUGGAGCCGGUGGAGGUGGCGGUGGCGGUGGCGGUGGCGGUGGCGGAAGUGGCGGCGGUGGAAGUGGCGGUGGUGUUGCUGGUGUUGCUGGAGGAGGAUCGGCCGGUUCCGAGACGGACAGACCGGUUAGGAUCCACGACGAAGACGACGAGGACAUCACCGAGAGGGAAGACGAGGAGGAAGAGGAAGAUCCUUGCAGCACGCCGGAACCGGACCUCGAAAACGAGCCGGAACCCAUGGAGGUCCAAACGUCGGCCGUCACUGCGGCGGCCGCGAACCUUCACGCGCUGCGACAACAUGUCUUCAAGAUGUCCGACUACUGGCAACAGCCGCAACGAGGGCCGCCCCAGCAUUCGCCGGGGAUACAGCACAGCCCUAUCUCGAACUCGACGCAACACCAGCAGCACCAGCAGCAAGUGCAGCAGAUGCACAGUCCGCUCGGUCAACAGCAGCAGCAACAACAACAACAGCAGCAGCAGCAGCAACAGCAGACGAGCGUGUCGCAGGUACAACAGACCGCUAACACUGGAUUAGGCCAAACGCCUAGUCCGCAGCAACAAAUGCAGCAGCAACAACAGCACGCGAUGUCCAUGAGCCAACAAACGCCUCAGGGAUCGCAGCAUCAGUCUUCCCCGGCACCGACCACGCCGUCACCACAGGCGGAUCAUCAGAACGCCAUCGCGUCCAGCAUGGCUCAGAGUCUACACAACUUGGCGCAGGUACAGCAGUCUAUGUCCCAGGCGUCGAGUCCGUCGCUGGCCGUCCAAGCGGUCCAAGCGGCUCAGGCCCUCAACCAGAACUUGGGACAGGCCUUGACUCAGGCGCUCACGCAGAACAUGCAGCAGAACCUAGGACAGACGUUGCAGCACAAUCUCGCGCAAAGUUUAACGCCGAGUCUGUCGCCGCAGCAACAACAGCAGCUGUUAAAUCAACCGCAGAACCUCAGCCAAGCCAACCAGAAUCUCCAACAGAACAUCCAAAGUCAAGCGCAGAACCUGUCGCAAACGCUGCAGCAACAGGCGCAAAAUCUCUCCCAGAACCUCGGGCAGAGUCUCAGUCAGCAGGCGCUGCAACAACAGGCGCAGAAUCUGUCGCAGAACCUGUCGCAGAACCUGUCGCAGAAUCUGCAACAACAGGCGCUGAACAUGGCGGGCAGCAUCGCUCAGAACGGCGGUCUCGCCGGGAUGAACAUGUCGACGAACCAGCAGCAGAACUCCCAGAACUCGAUGCUGAGCCCAGGCGCGACCAGCCAGGACUCUCACGACACCAGCCUCACGGAGAAACUCGUCAACGAGUUGCAGUCUCGUGCCUCUGCGGCGGGACUUGGUGGUGCGGGAGGUGCCGGCGGAGGCGGAGGAAUGGGCAACAUCAGCGAGCGCACCCUCGAGGAAUGCUGGUCCACCCUGCAACGAUUCUUCUCGCAGAUCUUCAUGCACAAGAGCGCGAUGCAGAUGCACGCGAGGGAGCUGGGCGCGGCGGGUGCACUGACGGGUCGGCCAGGCGGCGGCGUGGCAGGCGGACUGGCGGGUCUUGGUCCGAUCGGCGUCGGUCCGGGUGGCAUGAUCGCAGGAAACGAGGUAAAGCCGCACCAGUGCCAGCAAUGCCUCAAGUCAUUCUCCAGCAACCACCAGCUCGUACAGCACAUCAGGGUCCACACCGGGGAGAAACCAUACAAAUGCAGCUAUUGCGACCGCAGGUUCAAGCAGCUCAGCCAUGUACAACAACAUACCCGCCUGCAUACGGGCGAACGACCGUACAAGUGCCAUCUACCGGACUGCGGGCGGGCGUUCAUUCAGCUAUCGAAUUUGCAGCAGCACCUUCGGAAUCACGACGCCCAGGUGGAACGGGCGAAGAAUCGGCCGUUCCAUUGCAACAUCUGCGGCAAAGGCUUCGCCACAGAAUCCAGCCUUCGUACCCACACGUCGAAGGUCAGUCAUUGUUCCAAGUCCCCAUGGCAACGAUUAAAGGAGUUGCAACAGCGUGUUGUGUUCCAGCAACACGCCGCCCUGAUCGGCGGCCCGAACGCAACCAGCUGUCCCGUCUGCCACAAACUCUUCCUCGGCGGUGAGGCUCUCAUGGAGCACAUGAAGCACACCCACAAGGACCCGAAUGCCUCCGGCGUUGCCAUUCCCUCCGCUGACUGCACAACCUCCGUUGCCGGGGUUUACCUAGCGAAGCGACGGACCGCCAACCACCCGUGUCCAGUGUGCGGAAAACACUACGUCAACGAGGGUAGUCUUAGGAAGCACCUGGCCUGUCAUCCUGAGACCAGUCAGCUUAGCACAAGCCUCAGGAUGUGGCCGUGCUCGGUGUGCCAAGCCGUCUUCACUCAUGAGAGCGGUUUGUUGAGUCACAUGGAGCAUAUGAGAAUGGACCCGAAACAUCAGUUUGCUGCGCAGUACGUUUUGAGCCGCGCGGCCGCCGAGAGGCGGGAGAGAGAAAUCCUCGCGUCUUCGAGUCUAGGUACGGGAUUGGGUGUGUUGGGAAGCCAAACAGGCGGACCUCAAAAUUUGCAACAACCACCGAUGUGUCCUUCCCCGUCGGCCCACUCGGACAGCAGCAGUGGCAACGGAAGACUAUCCUCGGCCGGUAGUGAACCUGACUUCUGCGCAGGUACCGGUCUGCUGAACAACAACAACAACAACAACAACAACAACAUGGCGUCGCCGGGGCCCAGUGGCAACAAGCUCAGCGAGAUGCUCCGAGCGGGAAGUCAGCCUGGCUCCGCGCAACAGUACCACGACGAGAUGCAGUCGCAACAACAACGCAUGGCAGUGAUGGCCGCCGUGUCAGCGGGUUUGCAAAAUUCGGUGUCGCCGAAUCUGUCGCCGGUGGACAUGGCGUCGCUGGCGGCGGCGAUGAGGAUGGGAAACAACGGUGACAUGAGUGGCGGUGGGCAAGGAUCGACAGGGCCGCAGCAACAAGGCGUGCAAGCAACUGGACCAGAACAGACUCUGAGGAUGCACCAAGCGGAAGCUUUGCUGCGUUCUCAGGCAGAAGCCGCGCUCAGAUUGGCUGUAUCGCAGGCAGCGGCAGCAGCGGCGAGUUCCGCGGUCGGCGGAGACGUGAGACAUCAUUUAGGACAGCAUAACGGAGGUAGCACUUCCGGCAUGCCUGGACAUCACACGAAUCAACAGAUGUCCCAGCAGGAUACCUUACCGCCCGACCUUGGGGAAGCAUUGCGUCUACAAGAGCAGCGAUUAGAACAAGCGCUGAGGCUUCACGGCGAUCCUCGUGCCCUGAGUUUCACUCUCCAGCACGUGGUCAACCAACAGAACAAUCAGCAACCCUGAAAAUUCAGUUACUACUGAGACGAGUGGACCCCUUGGACGUCGGAGCAAACGAGCCUGCAGCAGCAAGCUGAACGCCUCAAUCAGCAAACGCUUCAAACAGCCGACGCUCGUCCAGCGUCGCUCGGCGAUCAGCAGCAGCAAGCUUCGUCUAGCAUUGGUCUUCACCAUCAUCAACAGCAGCAGCAGCAGCAGCAGCAGCAGCAACAGCAGCAGCAGCAGCAACAACAACAACAACAGCAGCAGCAGCAGCUUACCGAAGACCGCGGCGUCAAAAGGAAAGCCGACGACAUGAUCGGUAACUCUGACACCGUGUAAAGAACGACGUACACCAACGACAAACCCCUGAAAGCGUUUGUCGUCUUCUACGUCGGUUCGAACACAGGCGUCCAAGUGUGGUCACCCGCGCAAUCACUAUUGUCUCAGCAGUACAAGUUGCAAUUGUUCAAAAACUCGACGCCUCGGAAGCAUCGUGAAUCCUAUCGUCAGAGACGCGACGACGUUUGGGUCGCGGCGUCCUGAUCGAUACUACUGUGAAACUUCUACUCCAUCCCCGAUACAGAGGGAAGGAGACGCAAACGUCAUACGUAUCUAGAAAUCCGUUAGACGGUGCGUGGCGACGGCCGCGGGUGACAAUGGUCUUCUAGCAGCACGACGAUCCGUCGCGCUGAUCACGUUGUUCCUACUUCGGUCCCGCAUUCGGAGUUCCUACAACGACACGGUUCGCCGAAUCGGAUAACCCUCGAUGGCUCUUUUCAACCAGGCUGUCGAGGGUCCUCCGUUAUCGAGCGACGCCCUUUUGCUUCAGUCGAGUCGCUCUUUCAGAAUUCUCGGGACGCGUUGUCACCGUGGCCAGAGUCACCCCUGAAACGUGCCAUAAUAUUAUUGAAAGAAACUGCUUAACUGACGCGUCGCCUGACCACCCUGCAAAGGUCGUCCAGGACGACGCGAGGUACUAUGGUUUUUUUUUAGUACAAGAGCCCUACGCACGGACAGGACCUGCGUCGGAUGGUCUCGUACCUAGAACCGCCAGGCUGUUCGAGGCUCAACAAACUAAACUAUAUAUAUAUAUAUAUAUAUGUAUAUAUAUAUAUAUAUGUAUAUAUAUAUAUAUAUAUAUAUAUAUAUAUAUACAUAUAUAUACAUAUAUAUACAUACAUACCUACAAACCAGUUUAAGGUUUCCGUAAUCUUAGCUCCCGUAACGUUUAAGGCAAACAUACGCGUCUGAGACAUGCGUAAACGCGGUCAGGCGGAUCAGCUGACCGCGCACAGCACCGCGUCCCCCUCCCCAUUUAUCAGACGAACGCGAAACAAAUCAGAAAAAAGACGGACGGUCUGAACGAUCGCUGCAUUAGUGAUACAUGUACACAGAGAGCACAACGAACACGUGACACGUAUUUACAAGAUACACGAACAAAACGCGACACACAAAACACGCACACACCGCACACGAUAUAAACACGUACGGCGAAACUUACUCGUGACGUAAGGAUAUACAUAUAAAAAAAUGCGCGCAACUUGUGCUGGUCGGCAGCACGAAAACUAUUAGCUCGUAAGCGGACAAACAAAAUAUAAUUAUUACAAACAGUUAUAUUAUAUAUAUUAUAUAUACAUACAGAGAGUCUUGGAGUGUAUGACGGAGACAAAAAAAAACGAAGAAACGGAGUACCGGACCAGAGAAGAGGUACCGGUCUGCCGUGUCCCUCCUAACUGUACACGUUGCACAUUUUCAAGAGAACCGUGAAGAGUGUACGGGAAGCAUUUUUUUCGCGAGCAAACACGCCAGAGACGACGAGGAGGGAGAAAAAAAAAUAUGAAGAGGAGACGAUGAAAAAUGACGUUGCAGAAA